UUCCCAGGAAGUGCCGGACUCGGGAGCCUUCAGGGCGGGCGAACUGAAGUGAGCCGUCAGCAGGCAGAGAGUGUGGGCAGAGAGGGUCCGCGCACCCUCCCGUCUCCCGGUAUGCCAGGUUGGGGGCUGCAGGGGCGCGGAUCCUCCCGGGUUUCCCUUAAGACGAGCUCAAGGACUGCCCAGAAACGUGCGGGUCCCUCGGAAAGCCAGACCCCGGGGGUGCUCGGUGACGGGAGCGCGGUGCGUGCGAGAGAGGGACGGAAUUAGGAUGUGCCUGGAUGCUGCCCCGCGGGUAAUUUCCCCUUCCUCCCUUUCGCCGCAAGCCGUGCCCGCUGCGGCGGGGAAAGCCCGAGAGGUGCGGGCUGCCCCCCGGCUGCCCCGGGGAAGCCGCCCCCCAGCGCAGGCACGAAGCGGCCCGCUGUCCCCUCCGCAGCAGCGCAGGGGGUGCACGGGCACCCUCCUAACCUCCCGCCCGGGCCCCCCAGCACCACCCCAAAGCCGACUGCGAACCGGAGGAGCCUGAGGGAGAAACCGCGGAGAGGGAAGCUGAGAAAAGGGUUGGGGCCAAUGACACUGCUGCCCCCAAACUUUCCGCCAGCAGGAGCUAUAAGAACCUCCAAGUCUUCAACUUUCUCCCAAUCCCAGACACCUCGAAGGGGCUCCAAGGAGGGAUCGGGAGGGAUUUUUUUUUUUGGGGUUGGCUUUUUUUUUUUUUUUUUUCCUCUUGGAUCCUGAUGCCAUCCCCCCUCCCCCCAAAGUGAGGUCCUCCCUCCCUCCCUCCCUCCUCCUCCUCCUUCUCCUCGCAGGCCAGCGAAGCAGCCGACCAAGGGGGAGCUGGCGGGUUAGGUGCCCCCCUCUUCUCCCUGCCCUCCCCCCCCUCCCGGCCCGCUUCUCGCGUCUCCCCCCAGAGAUGAUGCAGCAGGACGAGUCAAACUCGCCAGUCUCCCCCGCCGACGACAGCUUGAGCAACAGCGAAGAGGAGCCGGACCGGCAGCAGCUGCCCAACAACAAGAGAGGGGGGCGCAAGCGGCGCUCCAGCCGCCGCAGCGCCGGCGGCGCCGUCGGGGCCGCGGACGAGCCCUGCAGCCCGGCCCAAGGCAAGCGGGGCAAGAAGUGCGGGGCGGGCGGGGGCGGCGGGGGCGGCGGCAGCAGCAGCGGCGGCGGCAGCCCCCAGUCUUACGAGGAGCUGCAGACCCAGCGGGUCAUGGCCAACGUGCGGGAGCGGCAGCGCACGCAGUCGCUGAACGAAGCCUUCGCCGCCCUGCGGAAGAUCAUCCCCACGCUGCCCUCGGACAAGCUGAGCAAGAUCCAGACCCUCAAGCUGGCGGCCAGGUACAUCGACUUCCUCUACCAGGUCUUACAGAGCGACGAGCUGGACUCCAAGAUGGCAAGCUGCAGCUAUGUGGCCCACGAGCGGCUCAGCUACGCCUUCUCGGUGUGGAGAAUGGAGGGCGCCUGGUCCAUGUCCGCAUCCCACUAGCAGGCGGCGUCCCCCACCCGCAUCCCCCCCGGCAGGAGCCCUAGAUGACAUUGUUCCCACAGAUGGAGAAAAUGGACAAUCUAGAGACUCUGAAGUUGGAUACGAUUUUUUUGGUCUUGUCUAAAAAAAAUGUACCAAGGAUUUCUUGGAAAUUAGAAGAGCAAUAUCCAAAUUCAAAGCAGGGCGUGGGGAGCACUUAAGGAAAGAGAAAGAGACAAGGGCUUUGGACAGUGACUACCCUUUGGGCGUCGGUACAAUCCACACAUCUCUGCAUUCUGAUAGAAGUCUGAAUCGUUCGAUUUUUUUUUUUUUAAUUUUGACGAAGAAUGUUGGAAUUUAACUUUUUUUUUAUUUGCCUUUUUUUUUGCAUGCAUUCCCAAGAGGUCUUGCCUGUGAGCCACUGAUGAAAGGAAAUACAUUAUUGUGGACUUUCUUCAUUCUUGAAUGAAACCAACCAACCAACCAAAAAAUAUCCCUGUAGAGAUGAAAACUUUUUUUUUUUUUUUUUUUUUUUUUUUUUUUUUAGGGGGGAAUAAGCUGGGCUCAAGCUGUUAUAUACCCGGUUCCUAACUUUUUUAUUAUUAUUAUUUUUCCUCUGAGAAAAAAAUAAACAUUUUAUUUAUUUAUUGAUGACCCAUGUUAAAAUGCAAAUAGAUCCGGUGUCUAAAUGCAUUCCUAUUUUUAUGAUUGUUUUGUAAAUAUCAUUGUAUAUUAUUUUUCUGCAAUAAAUAAAUAUGAAUGAAAUUUUAAUAACCUUAAAGUUUGGUCUCUCUGAGAACUCAGGGUUGGAACUGGAGAUAAAUACCUGCUUGUUGAGCUGUAAAGACAC